AUGAGGUUCGGAGAGCAUCUCCGAUCGUCGAUGAUCAAAGAGUACUACUGGUACUACAUCGCCUACGAUGAAUUGAAAAGAGCUCUGAGGACCGAUUUUGUCGCCGAACCAGUUUCUUCAUACUCAAAACGCGAUCGCAGGCCAUGGACAGAAGAUGACGAGAAACACUUCGUAUCGCUGCUGGAAGGUGAACUGGACAAGGUGUUUAAUUUCCAGCGCACGAAAAGCGAGGAAAUUGUUCGUCGCAUCCAGUCGAGCGAGAAGGAAGUCAAUGAUGUAGUCUCGCGCCUAGAGACGGCCACGGCGUCGGGCUCGCGCCGUCAAAGCGUCCGUUCUAGCAUUUGCCCUCCGUCCGAUGAGGAUUUCAUGGUCCUUGAGCAGGUCUUGAGUGACAUCAUUGCCGACGUCCAUGAUUUGGCCAAGUUUACCCAGCUCAACUACACUGGGUUUCAGAAAAUUAUCAAGAAACACGAUAAAGAAACCAGCUGGCAUCUCAAGCCAGUUUUUGCGGCACGACUCAAAGCCAAGCCUUUCUUCAAGGAUAAUUAUGAUGCGUUCGUGGUGAAGUUGUCCAAGCUCUAUGAUCUGGUUCGCACCAAAGGAAACCCGGUUAAGGGAGACUCUUCCGCUGGUGGCACACAGCAAAACUUCGUUCGCCAAACAACUAAAUACUGGGUUCAUCCUGAUAAUAUCACCGAGCUGAAGCUCAUCAUCCUUAAGCACCUUCCCGUGCUCGUCUUCAAUCCCCAGAAGGAGUUCGAGGAAGAGGACACUGCUAUCACUUCCAUCUACUACGACAAUUCGGACACAUGGGAGCUGUACCAAGGACGGUUGAAGAAGACGGAAGGAGCCGAGGCCAUUCGAUUGCGCUGGUACGGUGGCAUGAAGAGUGACCAAAUUUUCGUCGAGCGAAAGACUCAUCGCGAGGAUUGGACCGGAGAGAAGUCGGUCAAAGCCCGUUUCUCCCUCAAGGAAAAGAAUGUUAAUGCUUACCUGGCUGGAGAGCUGACGACCGAGGCUAUUUUCGACAAGAUGAGAAAGGAUGGUAAAAAGAGUGAAGACGAAAUCAACAAUCUCGAACAGCUAGCUCAAGAGAUCCAAUACCGGGUCAUCACACGACAGCUGAAGCCUGUCACUCGGACCUUCUACCAUCGAACUGCUUUCCAGUUGCCGGGCGACGCCAGAGUCCGUAUAUCGCUUGAUACUGAAUUGACCAUGGUCCGCGAGGAUAAUCUCGAUGGUCACCGCAGAGCCGGAGACAACUGGCGCCGAAUGGAUAUCGGUGUCGAUUUCCCUUUCUCCCAGUUGCCCCCCGAAGAUGUGGAACGGUUUCCUUAUGCCGUUCUUGAAGUGAAACUUCAGACCCAGGCCGGUCAAGAGCCCCCCCAAUGGAUCAGGGACCUGACGGCGAGUCACCUAGUAGAAGCGGUUCCCAAGUUCAGCAAGUUUAUCCACGGUACAGCGACUCUUUUCCCCGAUCGUAUCAACCUCCUUCCGUUCUGGAUGCCACAGAUGGAUGUGGACAUUCGUAAACCCGCGAUGGGCCGGUUUGGUAUUGAACGACCGCUGGCGAGUACUUCACUAUCAGCCAAUGAGACACCCGACGACGAUUAUGACUCAGAUGAGGACGAAUUAGAUGACAGAGGGCACGCCAAUGGCGAUCGGAGGGAUCCUCGCAAUGAUCUGUUCGCCGAUUCAGACGGAAACGCUUUGGAUAUAGAGGAACGCAUCGCCGCCCAGCCGCUUCCGGGAGAUGAAGACUACCCGUUGUAUGACUCAGACGAGGAAGAUACUGUCGAUUCAGACGAACUGGAAGAGGCGCGACGAGUCGGUGGGAUGCACUAUUACCGACAGUUGGCCAAAUACUACAGCCAGCAAGCUGGAAGUGCUGUAGUAUCUGGACUCAUAGCACUCAUUCCUCGGCCGAGACCAACCAACUUGCCACCCCCGGAACAAAGGGGAAUCGCUGUCAUGGGAAACAAGCGUACCGUUAAGCGAUUCAUCGCUCCGAAGGGAAAGCGUAUCCACGUCCCGGUUCGUGUCGAGCCCAAAGUCUACUUCGCCGCGGAGCGGACCUUCCUCUCGUGGCUUGAAUUCUCAAUUCUCCUGGGUACUAUCGCAGCCACCUUACUGAACUUUGGUAACGACUACAUCACAUUCGCAUCUUCCUGGGCAUUUACCGUGCUCGCAGCCCUGGCCCUCGUGUACAGUCUUGUGCUCUACAUCUGGCGAGUGGACAAGAUCCGCAAGCGCCGCGACGUUAAACGAGUCUACUACGAGAAAUGGGGACCAACCGUCGUUGGCGUUGGUCUUGCGGCUGUCCUAUUAGUGAACUUUAUCCUACGAGCACGUCAAGCCGGAUUCACCGCGAGGGACAACUACGACUACCCAGGAAAUGGCCAAGGUUCCGACUCCGGAGAAUUAUGA